AUGAGGCCACGCACGAGACCCGGGAGCUUCCUGCUGGCCAAUCUGCUGCUCUGCGCCCUGCUGGGUCUAGGACGCCCUCUAAGCUGUGAGGUGUGUAAGGGGUCUGGGCGCACAUGCACCGGGAAGAUGAAGACCUGUGAAGCCGGCAAGGACACCUGCGUGGUCCUGGUGGGCGAGUCCAGCACAAAGGGCCACAAAUCUGUAAGCAUCUACAAGAACUGCAUGAAGCUCAGUGACUGCUACUCGGGCUUCGUGUCCACCACCAUGAGCCGUGACGACUACAUGGUCACCAAUGCCCGCUGCUGCCAGAGCGAUGGCUGCAACCGUGGCACGGUACCCCCCCCCCAGAACAACCGGACGGAGAACGGCCUGAUGUGCCCGUCUUGCAUCGCGCCCUUCCAGGAGACGUGCCCGGGGACUCAGGCAGCCCGCUGCGUGGGCCAGGAAACCCACUGCAUCUACUUUGCAGGCAACGUGCAGGCUGGUAUCUUCAACACCAAAUUUGCCACACGGGGCUGUGCUACGGAGAGUGCCUGUUAUACAAAGGCUGGUGCCGAGGUGCCCUCGGCCUCCUACCUCUACUUCCUGAGGCGAGCUGACUGUCUGCCGGCCCCCUGGCCCCCAGGCAGGGCCGAGUGA